AUUUAAGCCACGCAAUCUUCGUUGACUAACCAGCCAUCCAACGGCAUCUUUCUGCCUUUCGCAGUCCCUCAUCCGGACUCCGAACCACUCCAAGGUAGAUUUGCAGCUCGCGAAGUAGAAGAUUUUGUCGUCAGCACUCUCUUUUUUAUUACAAUGCAAGGAGGACGACGUUUAUGAAGGUCCGACAUACCAUGCUACAAUAUUCUCACUCCGACCCAUUCAGCUCCAUUCACCUAACCUCCAUCAAGCCUUACAUUUAAACUUACCGUUGAGCGUUCAUCUAUGUAACCGAUAUCGUAACGUAAUAAUGGAGAACUAACUCUUCUUCGGAGCUUCAGAGCUCUCUCCCUUCUUCUCCAUGGCUCCCUCUUUUUCUCGCUCGUAGCGGAGAAGAAGGCAUAUACCAAUGACUUCUCUGCCCCUGCUUUCCUUGUUGGUGUUUCACCACAUGAAAACGCAUCCUUUCUUCCAACUUAUGCGCCUCCGACGACCAAUCUUCACCUGAUGAUAAUCACACUUUUAUAUCACGAACAAGCAUCCCAUUACCAUGUCGAAUCCUUCAACCCGAUCGGUUGCAACAGAGGCCCAAACGAGGGCUUUGAAACUCGCCUCACUCGAGUUCAUUCUAGGUGAUCUACCCGGACGGUGUGCAGCGUACUAUCUUCGAGACCACCAUCUUCAAAAAAUUCUAUCGAUCGCUUCGCAAGCCAGGUGAAUCCGUUAUCCAUACCCUGGGCUAUAAGCGAGGAGAACCAGAGUCGACGACGACAGACUACCGAAAUUGGGACCCUUCCCGAAUUUCAGAGUACUCCAGAGUCCUUCAAGAGGAGGCUGCGCUGCUUCGUCGUGAAAGAGAGCAUGUCCAGAUCCUGCUGGAAGGCAGUGGUACGGAUAGAUUGCAAGUGUUGCUUCAAGACAUGAGCACCCAUCUGGAAGAGUUGAAGAAUCACAAAAAAAUGAUAUGGAACGAUGCCGCUUGCACACAACUCGACAUUCUUCGCCGGUCAUAUAGUGCUGUCCAAUCGCACUUGACAACCAAUCAAAUGCUACCCGAUAUAGCGACUAAAAUAUACGAUGAUCUUUGCAGCCUGCGCAGUGGUGCUUCUAAGCCGCUGACCGGCAAAAACAAAAACAGAAGCAGGCCUUGGACGAAAGCGCUGUCCGAAUUGCGAUUCGCUGUCAGCAACUUGCAGUCCUCGGCUUGGGAUAUUGACCCCGAGCUACUCAUUGACAUACAGCAGAAGGCUGACAGGUUUUUCACUGAGACAACAGAAAGGCAGGAAGGGCCGAUAAGAAAAUGUCAUAUGGAUGCAUUGACGAAGGGAGACCUCGACGACCCCACUUAUGGGCCGUCAGUCCUGCGUUUCUCAUUAACCCGCUUGAAGGAAUUAGAGAGCUAUACGAAGGCAAAACGUGAUGAAGUCGCCAAGAUGGUGAAUACUAUCAACAAAGAUUGGGAAGAAUGUUCAGACGGCCGGAAUUUCAAAUGGAAUGAAGUAACUACCCCCAGAGUAUCUCGACAGAAUGUGGCCAAUUCAUGGUUCGGAAUGUCAAGCAGUACUCCUUUCACUCAAGAAAAUGCUACAGCAGAUGAGCCUAGUCUUCAUGACUAUUUGCUUGAGCGUAUGAUUCCUUAUAUUCCCUCCAAGGUUGAUUAUACGCCCGAUCUAUCCGCACUCAAGCCUAUGCCUCAAGUGGCUUUCAACUGUCUUUCGGAGCUACAGCAAGACAUCAACUCGUAUGCGGACACAUUACCCUCCGGACAGCCCCGAAAUAAAAUGGUAUCGUCUCAACAAGCUAAGUACAGUGCUGCUAUUUCAUCGGCAAUGGAAGAGAUUGUUGAGCGAUCUAAGGCUAAGUGGGAAGAGAUGGCCACACCGCUGAACGAUUCCACUGUUGCUUCAGAAGGCUUGGAGGCACACAAUGCCCUUACGUCUCGCGCGGCGUCCAAUUACUUCACCCUCAGAGCACUUCAGACAGAACACAGUAAACCGCCAGCCACUACCAAAAACGAACACAAAGCUUGGGCGACAUCCGUUCAAAGGGACAGAGAGGAGGCUAAAAAAUGGGAAAGGGAUGUUGAGGAAUGGCAUGUUUCCAGGAUGGCGAACGAAAGCAUUGGCGUUGGCAGUGACGGUGAAGCAUCACGACAGCUCGACGCGGUGACAACACAGAUAGAUGCAGCGACAGUCUCUGAAACGCAUACAAUCGCUCCUCGGCAGCUCACAGAGCUCGAAAAACUGUUCAUAGCUAACGGCUUAGAACUUAAUGAACAAUUUGAUUGGUUUGAGGAAGUGCAAACAAAUCUUCCAUUGCCAGAAUCGGCUGCGAUAACCUCCCAGUCCGGUACGCGGACAAGAGAGAAAUCUGCUUCAGCAAUGUCAGUCCCGUCUAGUGGUAGCACUCUAUCGAAUUCAGACCGGUGGAGGAAAAUACGUGACUUGCCAAGUUGGAGAAAAACCGGGGUUGAAUGAGGGCGUGAAAAUAUAUACUUGGCGAUAAAUGCAGACCGCAAUCAAGACAGAAACGAUGAAUGCAUGACUACUUGGCC